GUGAACCCCGCUGAUUUCUUGAUCGACUUGAUAUCGGUGCACACUGGUGGACCUGAAGCGGAGCAGGACCGUCAGAGGAUAAGAAGGCUGGCGGGCGCCAUGGUGGUUUCAGAGGCGGUGCCGGCUCAAGGCAAAGGAGAAUCUUCAGAUGUUUCACGUCUUGGUGGACUUCAUGGCUUCCACCUUCUUCUUAGAAGAGCUUGGCUGCAAACCUCUCGAGACAAGGCCACGAAUUUGUCCCGCCUGCUGGCCACUGCCGGGCUAGGCUUGAUCUUUGGCGCCCAGUUCGGAUACUUCGGAGAAGAGAUGACCGCCGUUGGUGUUACUUCACGUGUUGGAUUGCUGUCCUUCGGUUCCAUCUCGAUGGCCUUUAUCGGUGAGAUGAGAGCCUUGGAUCAGUUCGCGAAGGAGAAGAAGGUGGUCGGGCGAGAGCGAGCUGCUGGCUACUACAAUGGAUUUACGUAUCUCUGCGCCAAAGCCGUGGCCGAGCUGCCGUCAGAUGCCUUGUUUGCUUGCUUCUUUGCACUGAUGGUGCAUCUCCGUUGUGGUCUCCGGACACCGUUCAUAGCAUUGGCAGCAGUUUACUCACUGGUGGCACUCGUCUGUGCGGCUCUCGGACUCGCGAUAGGGGCAGCUAUUCCUAAUGGAGAGCGGGCAAUGACUGCUGGCAUCCCCGUCAUGACCGUGCACAUGUUGACUGGUGUCAUUGACCCAGCGGGCGGUGCUGCAGCAUCACCCAGCGCUUCAAUGAUCGCUUUGCGAAGCAUCUCGCCAAUCCGCUAUGCCAUCGAGGCACUAGACUCGACCCGCCGCCCGAGGAGAACCAUGGCGGGAAACUUCAAUCUUCAGCGGAUCCUGGGGAACAUGCCAGGUAUGGCAGGUGGUGGUCAGCAGCCACAGGAAGAUGCUUCCUUAACAGACACCGCCGAGCAGGUCUACAUUUCUUCUCUGGCUUUGCUGAAGAUGUUGAAGCACGGCCGCGCUGGAGUUCCAAUGGAGGUUAUGGGCCUUAUGCUCGGGGAAUUCAUUGAUGACUACACCGUACGCGUAGUGGAUGUCUUCUCGAUGCCGCAGUCAGGAAACAGCGUGAGCGUCGAGGCGGUAGACCCGGUGUUCCAAGCCAAGAUGCUGGACAUGCUAAAGCAAACGGGUAGGCCGGAAAUGGUGGUUGGCUGGUACCACUCUCACCCUGGCUUCGGGUGCUGGUUCUCGGGCACGGACAUCAACACCCAACAAAGCUUCGAGCAGUUGAACCCCCGGGCAGUGGGUGUGGUGGUGGAUCCCAUCCAGUCCGUGAAGGGUAAGGUCGUGAUCGACUGCUUCAGGCUUAUCAACCAUCAGAUGCUAAUGCUGGGGCAGGAGCCCAGGCAGACGACAUCCAACAUUGGCCACCUGAACAAGCCCAGCAUUACUGCUUUGAUCCAUGGUCUGAACCGCCACUACUACUCCAUCGCAAUCAACUACCGAAAAAACGAUUUGGAGCAGAAGAUGCUGCUAAACCUCGGAAAGAAGAAGUGGCAGGACGGAUUGAAGCUCACCAACUUCGACACGCACGAGGGUGAUAAUGAGAAGACGGUGAAGGAGAUGCUAGACCUCACUGAGAAAUACAACAAAGUGAUUCAGGAGGAGUUCAAGAGUACUGAAGACGAGUUUGUCGUCAAUCAGGCCGGCAAGAUCGACGCCAAGAAGAGGCUUGAGCGUGACAUUGAGGAGAUCAUGAACAACAAUAUCCUGCAGUCCUUGGGGUGCAUGUUGGCCACGGUGGCCCUGUGUCGGCAAGAACUGGAAGGAGCGGCGCUCGCUCCAAAUCCACACGAGGUCACACUGGAAGAGUUGGAGAAGCGCCUUGCGGCCAUUGAAAAAUCCUUGGAAGCCGACGGCGGCGAAGGCGGCGUCCUUCCAUCGCGGAAAACAGGUGGUGAUGCUCAGAUCAUGAAGAAGGUGGCGACGAGACUACAGGACUUCGAGUCGCAAAUCACAGCGCAACUGGCGAACCUCCAAACGGACUUUGACAAAAAACUUUCUCAUGUCAACCGCGGGGCUGCCGCCACGAAGCCAGUGGAUGGUGCAGGCGGAGCUGCUGGACUGGAUACCAUGGCGGAGGAUCUGGACCAGCUGAAAUACGACGUCGGAGAGCUGAAGGAUUUGCUAGGCAACAACAAAGGCGAAGUCAAUCACAUCCGCCGCAUCGUGCUGGCAUGUGAGCGUGACAUGGAGGACUUCACUGCUGCAAUGGAUGCCGUCAAUGUCGACCUUGACGAGAUGCGGGCCCGUGUUGAUGCCACACAUUCCAUCAUCACCAGCAGGCAGCGUGUGGAGGCCACGAUGACAGCCGAGAUCUCGACUAUGCGCCUCGACAUCGGUGAUAUUCAAGAAGCACUGAAGAACCACGACUCGUGGAUGGAGGAUGUCUCCAACACCCUCCAGCAGAUGCAGGAGAAGGAAGAAAACUUGACCGAGGAUAUCAUCAACCUCAAGAAUGAGAUGAACACCAAGUUGGACACGAAGGUGGACAAUGUUGCCUGGAAGGAAGCCAACGAUGAUUUGGAUGCUGCGAUCAAGACUGUCCGUGACAUGGUCUCGUCUCUUCGCCUGGACGUGGAUGCCAGGCGCCGCAAGGUGGACGAGAUCCUCGCAACCAUCAGGCAUGAUAUCACGGCGGUCGAGACCAACUUGGAGGAGUCCAAGGCCAAGAUCACGAGUGACACAGACCAGGCAGUCAACGCGCUUAAUGGUCGAAUUGACUUUACGAACAAGGAUCUGGCAGCCACGCAAGAGAGCCUGCACACGACGCAGAACUCUCUGAGCGACUGCUUCAACGAGGUGGCCGUGGUGCGCAGUGACCUGGAAAGAAAUGUGGCCGAUACAGAAGCCCGAUUGAAGAACGACAUUCGCCAGAAGCAGCAGGAGGCCUUCGAGAAGAUCGGUGCGGUGGAACAGCAGGCGGAGCUCCGGAGUGCGGAAGCCUCCCGCCGCCUGGGAGCCUUGGAUCUCCGCAUGAGUGGGGUGCAAGGAGGACUGGGAGAGCACAAGCGCGACAUCCUCAAGCUGCGGGAGGAGGUGAAUGGGCUCACCGUGAAAAGUGCUUCUCACGAAGUGGACAUUCAGAAGAAUAGUGAUGCAGUCCGAAAGAUGGAGAAGCAGCGAAACAUGGAUGAACAGAAUUGGAAAGCACAAAUGGAUGCGGUGCAUGAUGUCUUGGACACGAAGGUGAACGAGAAGCCUUUUGAGGAUUUGAAGCAUUGCACGGCUGCGCUGACUCGUGGUGUGGUCAAGUUUGCCCAGGUGGUUGGAGUCUUCCCCGGCCCCAAGUUCGAUGAUGCAGAAGGUGCUGAUCAAGGUGAAGCUGAUGUUGAGCUCUUGGGCUGGGAGGAGUGCGCGGAGAACAUGUCUUUCCGUGUCGACAAAGCAUGGCGCCAACGCUGUUCCCAACGUUUCCGUAACAUCUUGGAUAUGGUUGCAAAGAAAGCUGACCACAGCGUUCUUCGUCUCUUGCAGAUUUCCCAGCAGCACAUUGAGUCACAGCUGGAGCGCGUGAAGCACGAGCGUGAGCUUUGGAAGGAAGUGGUGGAACGUCGACAGCAGCAGCCGUUGCAGCUGGCUCUCUCAAUGAAGGAGCAACCACAAGCUGGCACAUCGUAG